CCCACCCUGCAGAUUCACAAAAAACAGUUAACAAUAGGUAUUUCAUUUCACUAGGGAGGGGCCUGGCUGGGGACCACUACAUGUUGGCCCCACAUCAUUAAAUGUCUCUGUUCCAAAGCUCCUCCAUCUUCUUCAUCUUCAAAAAUGUUGUUUGUCUUUCUACUUCUCCAUAUCAUUAAAUUCUUAGAUAGCCAAGAAUCUCAGACAACAAGGAUAAAAUCGUCAUAAAUAAACAAUUCUUCUUAUAAGUUCCCAAAAAGCGUAUCAAGAUUUUUAUACAGGAAGAGAAGAAGUUGCAGAGAGUAAUCAAUGAUCAAAGAGAUUUAAUUUCUUAUUUUCAUUGAGAAAUGAUGAAUGAUGAUUCCGAGUAAAUAGCCAAUUAAAUCGUCUUUAUUGUUUUAAUUUUAGAUUCUCGAAAAUGAUGAAAAAUAAUGUAUAAUGUGAGAAGAAAAAAUCAAGAAAAUUAACACCUCUGGUUUUUUUUCCCCUUAAAUCUUUCUCUUCUUCAACAAUGGAGUCGAUGGUAGUGAAGAAUCAUCACGUUGUAUCAUCAGAAUCUAGAGACCCAAGUUUUGAUACAGAUAAACUCAGCUACGAGAUAUUCUCCAUUCUCGAAAGCAAAUUCUUAUUCGGAUACGAUGAUGAUCAUCACGGAGAUAAAUUCUGGUUACCGAAACCUGUAACAGAAGUAAUCGAAAGGAAAUAUGAUAAGAAUGGUCAAUCAAGAGGAAAAAUUUGUAUACUUUCGAUUGAUGGUGGUGAAAUGCAAGGGAUUCUAUCAGGAAAAGCAUUAACCUAUUUAGAAUCUUGUUUGAAGAAGAAAUCUGGUAAUUCCGAAGCUAGACUUGCCGAUUAUUUUGAUGUUGGUGCUGGUACAGGUAUUGGUGGGAUUUUUACUGCAAUGUUGUUUGCCACUAAAGGCGGCGGCGGCAGCGGAGGUGAUGAAGAUACGAAGAAGAAGAAUGUACCGAUUUUUGAAGCGGCUGAUACAUGGAAGUUUUUGAUGGAACAAGGAAAAAUCAUUUUUAAAUCGUCGUCGUCGAGUUCUUCGAGUACCGGAGGAAGGUUGUUGCGGCGGUUUAAAGGGUGUAGCAGUGGUGGUGGUGAUGAAGGAAAUUCAACGAUUAAGUUAGAAAAAGUAUUGAAAGAAGCAUUUAAAGACAAUGGAGGAAGAAAUUUAACCUUAAAAGAUACAUUAAAACCAGUUUUAAUCCCCUGUUAUGAUUUAUCAAGUUCAUCACCAUUUCUCUUCUCAAGAGCAGACGCUCUAGAAAAUGAGAGUUUUGAUUUUAGACUAUGGGAAGUUUGUCGUGCAACAUCGGCAAAGCCGUCGGUAUUUGAUCCCGUGUCGUUGCGUUCCGUCGACGGGCAGACGAGAUGUGUAGCGGUGGACGGUGGUUUAACGAUGAAUAAUCCGACCGCGGCGGCGAUUACGCACGUGUUGCAUAAUAAACAGGAGUUUCCAUUUGUUAGAGGGGUUGAGGAUUUGCUGGUUUUGUCAUUAGGGAGCGGUCAGCUUCUGGAUGGGAACUAUGAUUAUGAACAGGUUAAAGGGUGGAAAGCUAAAGAAUGGGCUAGACCUAUGGCUAGAAUUGCUGGUGAUGGUGCUGGUGAUUUAGUUGAUCAAGCUGUUGCAAUGGCAUUUGGGCAAAGCCGAAGCACUAAUUACGUCCGUAUUCAGGCGGAUGGGUCGAGUUCACGCAGUUCAGGGAUAAGUUUGGAUUCCGAUUCGGGUUCUAGAAACUCGAAGAUGCUUGUUGGACUUGCGGAGGACAUGUUAAAACAAAAGAACGUUGAGUCUGUGCUCUUUGGAGGGAAGAGGAUUGCACAACAGACCAAUUUCGAGAAAUUAGACUGGUUUGCUGGAGAACUGAUACUGGAGCAUCAAAGGAGAAGUUCCCGGAUAGCUCCAACUGUCGCGUUCAAGCAAGCUACCCCUCCUAGAUCAUAAAGGAAGAGGGGAGAAAAGAAGGAAAAAUUAUGGGGUUAGUAAAACAUCUGCUUUUGCUUUAUAGGAAGAUUGAAGGAUGGAUGGAGUGAGUGAGAGCAAUAGAUAAAAAGCAACUUAAAGUGUUUAUAUAAUCAAGAACUAAUUGUAGAAAACAAAAUCUUCUUGAGAUGAUUUAUGUAAGUUGAUGAUCCCACUGGGUGAUUCCUUGUCCACCUAAAAAAAAAAGGCCCAGUGCAGUAUGAAAUUAGAUUAUGUGUAUGUCCCCUCCACUCUUCACUAUGAAAAGGAAAUAGCGAAGAGUGAGAUAGAGGAAGAAUGAUAAAGAUAUAUUGAGUGGAGUGUUCUGUUUGUUUUUGAGAGCUUUUUAGUAUGAAAUCAGAUAUUGCCUUUCAAAAGAUUGGCAAUUUGUUUAGAAAUGGGUCCUGUUUCUUCUAUGUCUAUACAAAAAUUUUCCGAGGCCCACUCCUCACUUUAGUGUUUUGUUUUAA